UCAGCGACGAAAGACCUGUAAGGACUGACGCCUCGGCGUUGAAGGUUUAAUUUAGCUCCGACGUCUCUCCUGCUCGCUGCAGUCUCUCUACCCUCUGAUGUAACGAUUGUUUUUACUCUAUCAUAGGGAGGGAGAUAGUUUUUUUCCCCUGGCUUUGCAUGAAUGUUACGGGUCGCUUCUUCCCUCCUUCCAGUGUUUUUUUUUCUUCUUCUUCUCCUUCCUGCACAUAGAUGUAUUUGGUGCGUCUUGUUUCCUCCUCCAGUAACGCAUGUCUGUGUGCCGUCCGCUUCCCUGCGCUCUCAAUAGAUGGUGCAAGUCAAAAUGUCCAAAUCGCCCGUAGACCCUCUGUCUGCUGUGGAAACCGGCUCCCAGUCGCAUUAUUUCCAGCUGCCCAGGAAGUUGCCUAAACGUAAGAGUCGCUUCAAACGCUCAGAUGGCAGCACGUCCUCAGACACGACGUCCAGCUUCAUCAAACGACAGGGGUCGGCUGAUUCGUAUACCAGUAGACCGUCGGAUUCAGACCUGUCAGCCGAGGAGGACCGCGAGGCGUAUCGGCGUGAAGCCGAACGCCAGGCACAGCAGCAGCUCGACAGAGCUAAGUCCAAACCUGUAGCGUUUGCCGUAAAGACAAAUGUGAGUUACUGCGGAGCUCUGGAUGAGGACUGUCCUGUCCAAGGAGCUGCAGUUAAUUUUGAUGCCAAAGACUUCCUGCACAUCAAAGAAAAGUACAACAAUGACUGGUGGAUCGGGCGGUUAGUGAAAGAAGGAGCGGACAUAGCCUUCAUCCCCAGCCCUCUGCGACUGGAGGCCAUGAGGCUCAAACAGGAGCAGAAACAAAGGAAAACAGGAGGCAACUCCUCAAGUUUAGGGGACAUGGUGUCUGGAAGCUGGAGGACCACACCGCCAUCUGCAGGUGAAUCUAAACAGAAGCAAAAACAGGAACAUGUCCCUCCCUAUGACGUGGUGCCCUCUAUGAGGCCGGUGGUCCUGGUGGGACCAUCACUGAAGGGCUAUGAGGUGACAGACAUGAUGCAGAAAGCUCUGUUUGACUUUCUGAAACACAGAUUUGAAGGAAGGAUCUCCAUCACCCGUGUAACUGCCGACCUGUCCUUAGCAAAGAGAUCCGUCCUGAACAAAAGACCCAUCAUGGAGAGGUCCAACACCCGCUCCAGUCUCGCGGAGGUUCAGAGUGAGAUUGAGAGAAUAUUUGAGCUCGCCAAAACCCUGCAGCUGGUGGUUCUGGACGCUGACACCAUCAACCACCCCGCACAGCUCGCUAAAACUUCCCUCGCUCCCAUCAUUGUCUACGUGAAAGUUUCCUCGCCAAAGGUGCUGCAGAGGCUGGUCAAGUCCAGAGGGAAGUCUCAGAGCAAACACCUGAAUGUGCAGAUGAUGGCUGCAGACAAACUCUCUCAGUGCCCCCCAGAUAUGUUUGAUGUCAUUUUGGAUGAGAACCAGCUAGAGGAUGCUUGUGAGCAUUUGGCCGAAUACCUGGAGGUCUACUGGCGCGCCACUCACCUGCCAGGAAACACCCCUCUGAACCCGCUACUGGAGCAGAGCCUGAUGACCCCGCCCUCCGCCAUCUCUAGUCUACAGAACAAGAACCAGACACAGCCGCAGGACGCAGUGGGCUUGGAGGGCGAGGAAGAGGAGGAGGAGGAAGCUGGUGAGGAAGCCCACUCUCCGCUGGAGCAGGACAGUCUCAUGCCAUCUGAUGAGGCCAGCGACUCGCUGUCCCGUGGCCGCAGAGGAAGCCCAUGCCACACGGGGGUCGAAGAGGAUGAAGAGGAGGAAGAAGAGGAAGAGGAGGAAGAGGAUGGUUGCGCCUCCCCCUGUCAUGGCUGCUCAUAUAGGGACAGGUACCCCUCCCACCGAGGGCAUCCAGGCAGCGACCACAGCGCCAAUGGGCACGAAUCACAGGACAGGCUGCUCCAGCGCGAAGCCCAGCAAGGUCACAACCAGAGGAACAACCGCCAGCGCAGCCGGCCCUGGCCCCGAGACAACUACUAGGACCAGCGCCCCCUUCUGGCCUCCAGGCCGCCAACACGACUCCCCUCCUCUCUGAGCCCCCCGGCUGAUGCACAGAUCCAAACACAUUAUUUAAAAAAAAAAAAAAA